GAUCAAAGCUAUGAAUGGUGACCAUAAAUGUUGUAGACAGUUUAAGUUUGGAUCCAUUGUGUCCCCUGAAUGGAUUGGAAGACAUUAUGUGACGGAAAUUGCAAAUAAGCCAAAGAUGAAACUUCAGGAAAUGAUUGAUGACAUCAGACAAAGGUAUAGGUGUGUGGUAUCUAUAGGACAAGUUAGAAGGGCAAGGAAAUGGGCCAAAAACUUAAUAGAAGGUAAACUCACUGAGCAUUAUGCAAGGAUAUGGGAUUAUGCCCAUGAAUUGUUAAGGUCAAACCCGGGGUCCACAUGUCAAGUUGGUGUAACAACCAAUCCAGAUGGAAAUAAUUAUUUUCACAGGUUUUACAUUUGUUUCAAAGCACUAAGUGAUAGCUGGAAAAGAAGGUGUAGGAGAGUAAUUGGGCUUGAUGGGUGCUUUCUAAAGGGGCAGGUGAAGGGUGAACUGCUAACAGCCAUUGGUAGAGAUGCCAACAACCAAGUUUAUCCAAUUGCUUGGGCUGUUGUUGAUGUGGAAAAUAAGUCCAACUGGACAUGGUUCCUUGAGCUACUCAGUGGUGAUCUAGACCUUAUUGAUGGAAGGGGCUUGGUAGUUAUAUCAGAUCAACAUAAAGGUUUAUUGCAAUCUGUUAAAGAUAUAUUGCCACAUGUGGAGCACAUGCAAUGUGCCCGACACAUAUAUGCAAAUUUUAGAAAAGCUUACACUGGAAUGGAGUUGAAGAAGCUGUUUUGGGCUGCAGCUAUGAGCUGUGUGGAAGGUGAUUUCAAGAGACAUAUGGACACAAUUAAAAAGCUCAAUCCUGGUGCAUAUGAGCAUCCCAUGUCCAAAGAACCCCAAACAUGGUGUAGAGCUUACAUGAGUACAGGGUAUGCAUGUGAGGCAGUGGAGAAUGGUAUAUCAGAGUGCUUCAACUCCAUCAUUGUGGAUGCUAGGAAAAAACCAUUGAUCACAAUGCUUGAAGAAAUAAGGAUAUACAUCAUGGAUAGGUUUGCUCACAUGAUUGAGGAAAACACUAAAUGGAAUACCCGUAUAUGUCCAGCAGUGUUAAAGAAGAUGAAUCUUUUUGGGAAGAACAUGAGCCUCAAACUGAAUUCAUAAAGCCCUUGCCACCAGUGUCAAGGAGAAUGCCUGGUAGGCCAAAGGUCAAUAGAAGGAGACAUGUAAGUGAAAAUGAUGGAAGAGUACACACCCCAAGAACUGUAAGGUGUGGUAAGUGCUUUGAGUAUGGCCAUAACCAGAAGGGAUGCAAGAAUGCAACCAGGGAACCUGUCGCUAUGCCACCAAAGAAGAAAAGAAGGCCAAGGAAGGAACAAUGUGAACCCAGUUAA